AGUAGAGUAUUGAGUUGAAACAGAAUAUUUUUUUAAAAGAUUUUAAUAAUCCCAUCCGAUUUUUUAAGUCAUUUACUUCCCAACAGUUUAAAAGGACUAGUCAAACUAAUGUUGGCCUAGUGUCUUUUUUUGAUGAGCAAGUGGAAUGCUGUUAAAAUCAAGUUUGAAUUAGAGAUACUUUACGAACUAUGGUUUUUGUAACUUUUCUUAUGAAAUCUUAGUUUAUGAAGGAGACUUUGCGUAAGCUAGAACACUACGAAGUUGUGUCUCGUGUGUUACUAGAACUAUCCAAUUAUUUGAAUCUCGAAGAUAAGGAUCUUGCAGAAUAUGUUACACACCUUGGUGAACUCUCGGCUACCGAAGACAUUUUAAAGGAAAAAUUGUUAAACGAUGGAUUAGAAUCACCUGCACAGCUAACAAGGGCAAUUUUUAACAUUACACGUAAAAUUCAUAAAAACCAUACAUCAGAUAGUGAAUGUAAGGUGAAAAAUGAGAAGAUAGAGGGCUUUGAAAAAGGUGAUGAGUCCGAUCCAAAUGUUGAUUUGUCGAAUGCUCAUGAUAACACGUUGGAAAAAACAUUACGUUUUCCUGGUUUAUGUCUUCCCAAUACAUUUGAUCGUGAAGAGUUAAAAAUUAACAUUCCUCAUGAUGUCAAAAAAUUAUCCAAAACUGCAUUAGAUUUAUUAGAUGAAGAAAAAACAGACCGUGAACGUCUUGAGGAUCUUCGGCAAAAGAAACGUUCAAAUAUUUUAAAAAAUAAUGAACCAGUCGAUUUAAAUAAUAUUUCAGGCCGUAGUGAGUCACGUUCACGUUCAUCGAGUCAAAAUGAUUCUUCAAAUGCUGACCAAUCAUUUUAUACAUACCGUAAUGGUGAUUUGAAAUUAUACCAAGUUUAUAAAGGAGAAGUAUCACGGCUUUUGGAUUAUGGAGCAUUUAUUAGUUUCUAUGUAGAAAAAGGUGGUCGUAAAGAAGGUCUUGUUCAUAUUCAAGAUAUAUCAAAACAACCUUUUCGUCGUGGCGCUGGAGCAAUACAUGAGUUACUUAAAAGAAAUCAGAAAGUGUUUGUGAAAGUUAUUGGGAUAGCCGGACAAAAGAUAGCUCUAAGUAUGAGGGAAGUAGAUCAACUUACUGGAAAAGAUUUACGACUUCGUUCUGAUUGUAAAAAGCUAAAAAAUGAUUUUCAGGAAAAUGUUAAGGAUUCUUCAUUUGGAUCCAGUUCUGUUGAUGCACGUCAGUCGUUUUUUCAAGAUUCAUGUGAAUCUUCUACUCAUGAAGCAAAAUAUACAAGUGGAAUACCAAAACCUUUAACCAAUAUUACAGGAAUGGCGUCAACGUUUUCAGAUGUGUGUGAAACGAAGAAAAAUGAAUGUUUACCUUUGCGAAGAAAAAAAAAAAAAACCGAUUUAGAAAAAUGGGAACUUCAACAAAUGAGAAGCUCAGGUGUUAUAACGUACCAAGAAGAUUCUGAUUUGGAUGAAGAGUAUGGAGUGUUACCUGAAAUCGAUGCUACAGAGAAAGAUAUUGAAAUUGAACUUUCCGAAAAAGAACCAGCAUUUUUACAAGGGCAAACAACGAAAACGGGUGCUCUAUUAUCUCCAAUUCGUGUUGUUGCUAAUCCUGAUGGAUCUUUAACGCGUGCAGCAGCGACCGCCUCUGCUUUAUCUAAGGAAAGAAGAGAAGUUCGUGAACAACAAGAAAAAACAUUACUUGAUUGGAUACCAAAAGAUAUGCAUCGACCUUGGGAAGAUCCAAAUCCUGAACCAGGUGAGCGUACCAUUGCUCAAGCUUUACGAGGUAUAGGAAGAAAUGCUUAUGAAGUCCCUGAAUGGAAAUCUAAGUAUAUAGGAAAGUCUGUUUCCUAUGGUCAAAAAUCAACAAAAUCAAUUAAAGAACAACGUGAAUCGUUGCCUAUUUUUACUUUACGUUCACACCUUUUAAAUGCUAUUCGUGAUCAUCAGGUGCUUAUAGUUAUAGGAGAAACUGGUAGCGGGAAAACAACUCAGAUCACACAAUAUUUAGUUGAAGCUGGUUAUACAAAAAAGGGAAAAAUUGGUUGUACACAACCUCGUCGAGUUGCUGCUAUGAGUGUUGCGAAACGCGUUGCAGAAGAAUAUGGUUGUCGUUUAGGUCAGGAUGUUGGGUAUAGCAUACGUUUUGAAGAUUGUACAUCCCCCGAUACGGUUAUUAAGUACAUGACAGAUGGUAUGUUACUUCGGGAAUCUUUAAUAGAUAUAACCUUGUCGGAGUAUUCUGUUAUUAUGUUAGAUGAAGCUCAUGAGAGAACAGUGUCAACAGAUGUUCUUUUUGGGUUACUAAAAGAUACGUGCCGUCGCCGUUCUAAUUUUAAACUCAUUGUCACAUCAGCAACGUUAGAUGCUGAAAAAUUUUCUACUUACUUUUUUGAUGCAAAAAUUUUCACGAUUCCUGGAAGAACGUUUCCAGUUGAAAUUUUGUAUAGCCGAGAACCGGAAACAGAUUAUAUUGAAGCAUCACUAAUCACAGUUUUACAAAUUCAUUUAUGUGAACCUCCGGGGGAUAUAUUGUUAUUUUUAACUGGACAAGAAGAAAUUGAUACUGCAUGUCAAACACUUCAUGAACGUAUGCGUAAACUUGAAAGUAUGGAACCUCCUCCUUUAAUCAUUUUACCCGUUUACUCCGCUUUACCGUCGGAAAUGCAGACAAUGAUUUUCGAUCCACCACCUCCAGGAUGUCGUAAAUGUGUUAUUGCAACUAAUAUUGCUGAAGCUUCUCUUACCAUUGAUGGUAUUUAUUUUGUAGUGGAUCCUGGUUUUGGGAAAGUGAAAAUGUAUAAUCCGAAAACCGGCAUGGAUUCAUUAGUCGUCAUUCCUAUAUCACAAGCUAAUGCCCGACAAAGAGCGGGGCGAGCGGGGCGCACGGGACCCGGAAAAUGUUAUCGGUUGUAUACACAAGAAGCUUAUCGAAAUGAGAUGUUACCAACCGCAGUACCCGAAUUACAACGUACAAAUUUAGAAAAUACUGUGCUUGUUUUAAAAGCAAUGGGAGUCAACGAUUUGCUUCAUUUUGAUUUUAUGGAUGCUCCACCUGUUCAAACAUUAAUUAAUGCAAUGGAGCAUUUGUUCCAUUUAGGAGCGUUAGAUGAUGAAGGGUUAAUGACACGUUUAGGUCGAAAAAUGGCUGAGUUUCCUAUGGACCCUAGUUUAUCAAAGAUGCUUUUAACCUCGGUCGAUUUAGAAUGCUCGGAUGAAGCUAUUACAAUUGCAGCAAUGUUACAAGUUCAAAAUGUUUUUUAUCGUCCAUGUGAUAAACAAGCUUUAGCUGAUCAAAAGAAAGCGAAAUUUCAUCAAGCGGAAGGUGAUCAUUUAACGUAUUUGGAAGUUUAUAAACAAUGGAAAAAAAAUCAUUUUUCUAAUGCUUGGUGUUAUGAAAAUUUUAUUCAAGCUCGAGCAUUACGUCGAGUUCAAGAUGUACGAAAACAAUUAAUUUCUAUUAUGGACCGGUAUAAUUUUUUAAUUAUUUCCUGUGGAAUGAAAUAUGAUCGAUUACGCCAAGCUAUUUGUGCGGGAUUUAUAAGGCAUGUAUGUAAGCGUGACGCUCAAGAGGGAUACCGAACUUUAUUAGAUAAUCAACAAGUGUAUCUCCAUCCUUCCAGUUCGUUAUACACACGUAAUCCCGAUUGGAUUGUUUAUCAUGAAUUAGUCCUAACAACGAAGGAAUAUUUACGGGAUUGUUGCACUGUGGAACCUCAAUGGCUAGUUCGCGUUGCUCCUCAUCUUUUCAAAUAUGUACGUAAAACAAUUGAUGCAUUCCACAAAAAUUGUACUAUAAAGCUUUCAAAGAAACCUGGUUUAACGCCAUACAACUCUCUACUUUUUUUCAUCUUUUGCUCUCUUGUUGUACCAAUGUGUUUUCUGGAAAAAUUUAACGUACAUCCUGUUGAAAUGACCUAACCCGUAAAGAGAAUAUUUAUUUUACGCUUAUUUUUUACUCAUCUGAUUUUGAAUUGAUAUUAUAGAAAACCAUUUCUAAUUUGUUACACGAAUUGUUUCUAGGCGGAUGAAACCAAAUUGUCUAAGCGAAAACAAAGAGAACGUAUAGACCCACUAUUUAAUCGUUACGAAGAGCCAAACGCGUGGCGUUUGUCACGGCGUCGUUUAUAAGGUUAUCUUCUUCCACCGGAACGUGUAUUAAAGAAUGAUAUUGUAUAAACAACCUGCACACGCUCAAUACAUGGCGUUAAAAGAAAAUCGUCUUUUUUUGUCAUUUUAAGCUUCGAAAGUGUCGUUUUACUUUUGCCUAUCCGUGUAAAAUCAAUUUAUUUUUUUUAUAG